AUGACGACGGUCCUGUGCGCCUCGCCUGCUGCACGCAUGAGGAGGGGCCGCGACGAACGGCGCGCUGAGGGAGCCGUGACGUGUGGGCGUGCGACGAGGGCUGGUGGGGCGGAGCACACAUUUCUUUCCCUCCUGUUUUGCUUUUUUUGCGGCCAGGGCUGGCAGACACCCGCAGCGCCACACACACACAGCCGCACCCUGCCGCCGUGUUUUUCUUUUUCUUUUUUUUUUUUUUCUGUGGACGGGUGUGUUCUACCACCGUGCGGUGAUGGAGGGUGGGGAGCUGUGCUGAACGUAUUGCCGUCCAGCCGCGCAUUCUCACUGUCUUCUUUACUUAAUGGGUGUCUGCUGCACACCGUCAUGAGUGACGUGUUUCCCCCCUUUGUUUGUUUUUGCCCACACGCGGUGCCGGCUCCGCGGCUGUGCGUCCCACGGACUGCACGAAACGAUGAUUGGAAAAACGGGCCGGAUGCCGCAUGA